AUGGAGAAAAAUGAGGAGAGGAAAACCUUGUCGCCUGCCCAGUCGGCCGCCCUUUUUGAUCUUCUCUCUCACCACAAUGUUUACUCAGAGAUCCGCGACUUUAGGAUACCCGGAAGCCUCAAGCAUUAUGGACCCCCUUUUCAAGUCGAGGAGGAAAAGCCGUCAACCUCGCCGGCGCUCCAAGGAUUGGUGUCAAAGUUUCUCCUGAACCUACCCGGUCUGAAGGAUGUGCCGGAGGAAUUCUGGAAAGUUCAACUUCACGACAUCAUCGAAGGACUGGAGCGUGCCAACCUGAGCGAGAGCUACGAUAAGGGCAUUAUUGGAACUCGAAAAACAGUGGCGACUGCAAUAUCAGCCUUGAUUGAAUAUCCAGUAAGGGGGACUUCAGGAGGAUUUUCAAAGGUUCAGGAUCCAGAUCCCAAGUACGAUCUGUCCAAACCCGAGGAUCUCUCAAAAGCUUUCCGGAAUCUCAUGGACGCCUCAAUAUAUGGUACCGCUCUGGGUGACCUCGUUGCGAAGGUGGCGCAAACUGACAAACUCGCUGAUCAUGAGCCCCUCAUACAAGCCGCUCAUGAAUUUGUGCUUGUGAAUAUUGCAUCUUUCAUGCACUAUGCGCUCAUAUUGUCACCGAAAGGACAAUAUUUGCUCAAACUUGUGGGCAACGUGAACAGACUCGUUCCGUAUGUGGUCAUCCGACAGACCCUUAAAAUUGGCAAUGUUGCAACCAUGAUCAGCGCGAUGAUGAAAGUUGUCCUUGCCAAGAUGAGUGUUUCGACGAUCACGAACUGGAUGGGGCUGACUUCGGGCGAAGAUCAAGGAAUGAAUUUGAUGCAAUCAAUCAUCUCCACAGUAUUACAUUGGGACAACAGAGACUUGGAGAGCCGGGCGUCGAAGAUUGAGAGUGACAAGACCGCGGCUUUGAGCAAGGAUCAGCUCCGUUGUCUGAAAGAAUAUGUGGACAAAUCUCGAGAAGAACAAGAUGAAAUACGCCAUCAGAGCCAACAAACCUCUAUUUCAAUCGUCAUUUCCAUCCUUGCUUUCUCAUCACUACCUACAGACCUCUCUGAAGCAACACACACCCUGGCACUCGAGUAUCUCAAUGUUCAGCUCUCCAUCCGAGACCGAAAGCAGCUCAUCCAGUCCCUCUGCCACAGUAGUCCAGACCACGUCACAACUACUGUCCGUGUUGCCGUUUCCGCAUACGAGCCCGUGAUCCGAAAUGUCCACAAAGCUGUGGAUCUUUCUGAUACGGUGUCCGACUUCGAAGCCUUUCUUGGGGAUAUGCUGAAAAUAUCGAAAAUUCAAGACGAGACAUCAAUUCCGACGGUAGGAGAUUUUGUGGCGCUGCUAAAGAAGCAUCAAUAUUCUUGCCAUAAAUUCCUCCACCAGGUUUGCAAGAAUGGAAAAGAACUAACAGGAUGGUACCUUGAAUGGGCAAAGGAGGCAGCUUCACAUUUUCGACGGGAAACAGAUCAUUCCGAUGCGAAGAUCCGGGACGCAGGCGACUUGACUGCACCCUUGAACGACCUUUUUUCUAAGCUUUCAGCAGAACAGCAAAACAGAAUCCUUCCAAUACUGGACCGGCAGAUUAAAUACAUAGACGAAAUGCACGCAUCAUCACAUAAACGACUAGAAGCCGUUCUCACCUCCCCACCUUCAAAGAAUCCAAUAAUCGCAAAGAUCAUUGCAUCCUCCGCCAACUCAAGAUCGUCGAGUCGCUCCUCGUCUCCGGCUCCCAGCGAGAAAGGAACACAAACUCCGAAAAUUUCACCAUCUAGACCUUCAUCAGAUCCUGGGCCUGGUGCUUAUUUAUCACGUUGGCAGGACCUGUUGGAUAAUACGCCCAUUACCCCUCUCUCGCCAUCUGGGAAGGUUGAGAAAGCAAUUGGCAAGGCGGUGGUGAAAGGUAGCACAAAGGACGUAGAUGGCGAGCAAUUGGUUGAAGUGCCGGAUGGGAAGACUGGCGCUGAGAAAGUUCGAGAGCGGGUGAGUGGAGAAGGGAGCACAGGCGGUAAGCCGGACGUCAGGACUGUAGUUGAGGCAAUGGGUCAGGAUUUCAGGGCAUUGUUGGCAGCCCGAGGAGUUUACUGGUAACGAGUAAGAAAACGAAUACAACCGUACGUAUAUGAGUUUGGAAGGUUUGUACGACCAUGUACUCUGCAGUGGCAGAUCACAAGAAUUCAAGCGAGUACUUGCAACGAUAGAACUUGCCACUGGGUGUAAGAUGUUCAAACUUUCGAAGGAAAAGGCUCCCGCAAUUAUGCGGCGGUUAAGGGAAUUACCUCCGUCCGCUUCCACCUUCACUUGCGUAUGAUGGCAACAAAGACAAGAGCAUUGUCGCCUCCGCCAGGUCAGUAGUCUAGGUUUUGGUCCUUCAUCUUGUUAGUUAGAUCCUAUCAUAGGUUCAAUUAUGUAGGGGCGUCCUAUU